CGUUUCCCUUUUCAAACAUUAAGACAGCGUAGCUCGUAAUUUGGUGGGGAAACUUUUGUUCCAUGGAUUCAUGCAAUUAUCACACGUAGUUGACACUUAAAUAUUUGUUGCCGUCUGUCCUAACAUGUUACAGUGUAUCCGUUGUGGGAUUUUUUUUUUACAACUCCGCUCGGAGCCUCUUUCUGAGCAUGACUGUAGGAUGAGGUAACUUGGGGAUAAGCUCAUCUCUGGAGGUACGACUUUGCCGACACUCCUUUUCUGUCUCGUUGCUCCAGAUUCUCCAUUUUCCGUGUUUGCACCGAAGUCUGUUUUGCCUCUCAGGUUUUUUUGCUUGUUUGGAUGAAUGAAUGAAUUGCAUAAUGUUGGAUGAUGUGUUCUUUUCAAUAGAGCAACUUGUUUACUUUUAGGAAUUAAUAAACUGCCCCAACAAUCAUGUCCGGCGGCCGGUCAUAGUUGAUAAAUAAUUAGUUAAGGCUGUUCAUUCGUCGGAGGAGAGACGCAAGAUGUUCUGGGGGACAGUAGCCAGCUUACUCACUGCCAGCACUCCCCCGCCUCCCACUUGCUGCUUCCAAACCAGGCUCCUGCUCCCUGCUGGCACUCCCACUGUUGCUCCCUGGCGGAGCAGCUGCCCUGAUUGGCACACCCCCGCUGCCAUCACCGCCCAGUCAUAUUCAUAAAGCUUCCAGAGUGGAUUGUUUGAAGGAACACAGGAGUGGUUGGAAGAACAAUGCAUGUGAGUCUUUGACACCAUGAUAUCCAUCAGGCAAAGAAAAGGAAUACAAACCACAGAAGUUUCUGAGGAUUACACGGCACAAGAAGAAAAUGUGAAGUUGGAAGAUAAAUUGCCAUCUAGUUGUACCAAUAGACGAUUAUGGAAGAUUCUGUCAUUUACAAUUGGCGGAACUGUUGCCCUGUGCAUUGGGCUUCUUACAUCUGUCUACCUGGCCACUUUACAUGAGAAUGAUUUGUGGUUUUCUAAUAUUAAGGAAGUGGAGCGAGAAAUCUCAUUCAGAACAGAAUGUGGACUGUAUUACUCCUACUACAAGCAGAUGCUGCAGGCUCCUACCCUCAUGCAAGGUUUUCGUGGCUUAAUAUAUGAUAACAAAACGGAAUCUAUGAGGACAAUUAACCUCCUUCAACGAAUGAAUAUUUACCAAGAGGUUUUUCUCAGUAUUUUAUAUAGAGUUCUACCCAUACAGAAAUAUAUAGAACCAGUUUAUUUUUAUAUUUACACCUUAUUUGGACUCCAAGCAAUUUAUGUCACAGCUCUUUACAUAACCAGCUGGCUCCUGAGUGGUACGUGGCUUUCAGGACUGUUAGCAGCCUUCUGGUACGUCACAAACAGAAUAGAUACCACAAGGGUGGAGUUUACCAUCCCCCUGAGAGAGAAUUGGGCGCUGCCAUUCUUUGCAAUCCAGAUAGCAGCAAUUACAUACUUCCUGAGACCAAACUUACAGCCUCUUUCUCAGAGGCUGACACUUCUUGCCAUUUUCAUAUCAACUUUUCUCUUUAGUCUAACAUGGCAAUUUAAUCAGUUUAUGAUGCUGAUGCAAGCAUUAGUGCUGUUCAUACUGGACUCCCUAGACAUGUUGCCAGCAAUGAAGGUGACAUGGCUGUAUGGUAUACAGCUCACAGGUUUACUCCUGGUCUGCAUGCUUCAGUUUUUUAAUUCCAUGAUUCUUGGAUCAUUGCUUAUCAGUUUUAACCUUUCGGUAUUAAUUGCAAGAAAACUUCAGAAAAAUCUGAAAACUGGAAACUUCCUUAAUAGACUUGGGAAACUAUUGUUACAUUUAUUUGUUGUUUUAUGUUUGACACUUUUUCUCAACAACAUUAUUAAGAAAAUUCUUAACCUUAAGUCAGACGAACACAUAUUUAAAUUUCUGAAGGCAAAAUUUGGAUUUGGAGCAACAAGAGAUUUUGAUGCAAACCUAUACCUGUGUGAAGAAGCAUUUGGCCUUCUACCUUUUAAUACAUUUGAAAGACUUUCAGAUACUCUGCUUUUUUAUGCUUAUAUAUUUGUUCUGUCCAUCACAGUGAUUGCAGCAUUAGCUGUGGCCUUCCGUAAUCUCAGUGAUUCUACCAAUCAGCAGUCCAUGUGUAAAAUGGGAAAGUACACAAUUGGCCUGAAACCAGACACUGCCUACAAUUUAAUACACACGAUUCUGUUUGGAUUCUUGGCAUUGAGUACAAUGAGAAUGAAGUACCUCUGGACGUCCCAUAUGUGUGUGUUUGCGUCAUUUGGCUUAUGCAGCCCUGAAAUAUGGGAGUCACUUCUGAAGUUGAUCCAUCUUUAUAACCCAAAGAGGAUAUGUAUAAUGCGAUAUUCAAUACCGAUAUUAAUACUGCUGUAUCUGUGCUAUAAGUUCUGGCCAGGAAUGAUGGAUGAACUCUCCGAGUUGAGAGAAUUCUAUGAUCCAGAUACAGUGGAGCUGAUGAACUGGAUUAACGCUAACACUCCAGGGAAGGCUGUGUUUGCUGGAAGCAUGCAGCUGCUGGCGGGCGUCAAGCUGUGCACGGGACGGACCUUAACCAACCACCCACACUACGAAGACAACAGCCUCAGAGAGCGGACUAAAGCGGUUUAUCAGAUAUAUGCAAAGAGGGCCCCAGAGGAAGUGCAUGCCCUGCUGAGGUCGUUUGGCACUGACUACGUGAUCCUGGAAGACAGCAUCUGCUACGAGCGCAGGCACCGCCGGGGCUGCCGGCUGCGGGACCUGCUGGACGUCGCCAAUGGACACAUGAUGGACGGCCCAGGAGAGAAUGAUCCUGAUUUGAAACUUGCAGGCCACCCUCGCUUCUGUGAAGAGAUUAAAAAAAACCUGCCCAGCUACACAGCAUACUUCACUAGAGUGUUCCAGAACAAAACAUUCCACGUUUACAAGCUAUCCAGAAACAAGUAACAGAGCUUUCUAUUCAAUCUCUAUUUUUGAUACGUGAAACUCCAUCAUAAUGAAACUCAGAUGAUGUUUCAUAUGUAAUUAGGUAGCCCGAACCUUAAAGCUGUGAUAUGAUUAAGUCUACAAAUGUUUACACAAGCAUUACCAUCUUUGAAAGUAUCUUAUACAAGCUUCAGUCUUUGUCGUGUUUCAUCAAUGUUCUUUAGCCUAAAUGUUUCCACUUUCUAAAAGUGAUCUAGAAGUUUGUUGUUGGGUAGAACAAUUAAGUGUUCUAUAGGAAGCCUGAACAGUUGCAUGCGUGUGUGCAUGCUGAGUCACUUCAGUUGUGUCUGACUCUUUGCGACCAUAUGGACUGUAGCCCACCAGGCUCCUCUGUCCAUGGGAUUCUCCAGGCAAGAAUACUGAAGUGGGUUGCCAUGCCUUCCUCCAGGGGAUCUUACCGACCCAGUGACUAAACCUGCAUCUCUUAUGUCUCCUGCAUUGGCAGGUGGGUUCUUUACCACUAGCGCCACCUAGGGAGCCCGGAACAGCUGCAUAUCCUGUUGUAAAUCCAGAGCCUAUUCAGGAUUUGAAAUACUUCUAAUUUUUAAUUGACUUAAAACAGCUAUAGUUGAAUCGAAUUGAGGAAAUGCAUAAUUAAGUUAUUUAAUAUUAUUUCACCAGUGAAGACCAACUGGUGACUUUUUAAAAAGCUCUUUAUUGUCCUGUUUCACCUAAAACUUUUAUAAUGUUUUCCAUUUGUCAUGCUUUUACUAUUUAAAGAAAGAUCAUGUUAGGCCUUCGUAUAUGUCUAAAUUUUUAUUGUGCUGUGUCUGAAAUGUAAUGGGUAGCACUUCAGCAGCGUGUGUCUGUGUGUGCAUGUGUGUACAUGAGCACGUGCAUGCGUCUUUUAAUGCUGGACACAGAAAAGGGUUACAAAUUCCAUACUGUAAGUCCUUAAAUUAGCAGCAGCAAUGUUACGUAGCUGAGUCGAAUUUGUCACUGUUUUAGUGUUAUCAUUUUAAAACCUGUUGAUACUAUUUAACCUAUCCUGCAAGUAAGAAAAUUUUUCUUUAUUUCUUACUCAUUCAAAUUUACUGGGUUUGCAAGAUUUUGUAAACUCUUUGUUUUUAGCCUUUGUAUUUUUUACAGCCUAGAACCUUGCAAAGUCUUACUAUUUUUUAAAUGUUGUAUCUUAACUAACUUACAACUAUGAUAUUUUUGGCAGAAAGCAUUUUCAUACUAGGUUUGAUUUGUGGUCUCCAAUCUUACUGCAAGGGCCCUUGAUAGGUUGUUCUUUUUCUUACUCAAAGGUAACCAAGUGCCUCUAAGUCAUGCUUACUUGUAAACAACAAUGAAGAGGAUCAUGUGUACCUUGUACCUGCUCAAAAGUUUUUGAUAAUUGCUUUUAUAAUUAAUUUCUAAUGAUAGGGACAUGUAAAGAAGUUGCUGAUAAAAGCAUAUUGUGUUUUCAACUAAAUCAAGAUGGCUAAUGAGAUUAACUUUCAUCUCUCAUGCCAGUUGGAAAUGAUUUAAAUGUUUCUCCUCACAAUCGUAUUAAAGUAAAUCGCUGUAGGCAUGAAGAUGGAUAUAUCAUAUGUCCAAAUGAUUUUUUAUUCACCUACUACUUAUUAAGCAAUAUUCAGAAAGAAAUUUUACACUGUCAUGUUGGACUCAAGGACACUUGGCUUUUAUCACAACUUAUUUAAAUAAAAAAUUGCCAGUAGCUGGGUUAUUAAAUUAUGCAACUGAAACUCCUGAAUUAUGUCUUGUAUCCCUUAAUAGGGUUGGAGACCACCGCAGUUUAGGAUAAUACAAUAAUGAAACAUUUUAAUCAGUACUAAAACUUUAAUUCUGUAAUGAUGCAUGCCUGUUGUAGCUGACAGCAUGGGUCAGUCCAUUCUUCAGUGAGUGCCUUACUCUAGUUGAAACCAAGCACAUGUAAGGUACAGUAUGUUAGACUAUCUAGUUACGUUUUUAAAACCCCCUAUUACCUUCUCAGAAAUAUUUUGAUUUAUUUUAAAAAUUUCUAUAUGUAUUAUUAUAAUCUACACAUUUGGGUAUUUGGAGUUUCAAUAUACUAGAAACGCGCACUUAAAUUUUUAUGCUUGUCAUCCGUGCGUUGGUGGCACACAGUAAUCUUUUCUUCGCGGUUUAGGUGCCGUCUGUUGCCAAAACACCUAGUGUGCAGUCUUUAGUGAAAAAUAUAAAGUGCCAAGAAACCUUGCAAGACAGAAUCCAUACAUACACUCUUUCCAAAACACUGUGACCAUGUAUAGUAGACGUUUUUAUUUCCUGAUGACCAAAUCUCUCAGUGAAUCAUGUUAAAUAUUUUUAGUGCUCCUCAGUUUUCUCUUUUAUGACCUUCUCCUUGGAGUACACAGGAGGAAAGAGAGGAAAGCGGCAGACUCCUGGCUCUCUGCCGAGCCAGAGCAAGUGACCUGUAGCCCAGGGUCCCUUCCACACGGAUCUCCGUGGCUGUGCUAAUAUUUGAUAAUGACCUCAAAUUAUGGCUGUCUCUUAUGCAUAGAAAUACCACUUGAUUUUGCUUCAGAGUUAGCAUUCAAAAGAAACUCUAAGUACAGUAAGUGCUCUUAUUAUCCUUUACGUACACAACUCACCAGAUCCCUUCAUGGUUUCCAUCGUCAUGUAAGCUGACUGCCACCCAGCACCACGGGGGGGCUGUUCCCCGCUGCUCUGUUCUCACAGGCCUCAGCUCCCUCCUUGGAGUUCUCUGCUUGUCUGUGCAUGCUCUACUUCCUGUUGUAAAUACACGAUUGAACAUAAAUCCAGGACAUUUCGAUCUAAAACAAAAGGAUUAUUUCUGUGAAAGUUAGCUAGAAUGCUUUGAUCAUAUUUGAUAAACGUUGCCACUAGUAAAAACUGCUUUUAAAUGAACUGUGUUUGGGAAAAUUAUAAAAUAUUGGGAGUACUUAAAAUUCAAGAAAAUUUAUGAGCUUAGAUUGCUUCACAGAUUUAUUUAUUUUAGUCCUCAUUUCACCUUUAAAAAAAUCUAGACUGAUCAGAAGAUACUAAAAUGUACCCAAAGCAUGUUAUUGGUAUGAUUUAUUCAAGAAUAAAACCACAGUCAUUGGCUGCUACUGCUAAGUCACUUCAGUCGUGUCCAACUCUGUGCGACCCCAUAAACGUCAGCCCACCAGGCUCCCCCGUCCCUGGGAUUCUCACAGUCAUUGGACCCUUAUGCAAAGGAAACGUCUCAGCUUUACAUCAAAAGAUGAGCAAAUGAAUAUACAAAUUAUACAUGUGAAGUUACGAUUCCCUGCUUUGACCUACUUAUCUUCAUUAAAUGACUAGCUGCUGAUGCUGAUCACAGUGACUGAUCUACUAGAGUUGAAAGGUUCCGGUCACUUUAUUAUAGACUUAAAAGUAGGGAUUCAUUUCAGAUAUAUUAGCCAGGACCAUAAUUAGGUGUUACCUACGUCAUUUGUUGUCCACUUAAAGGUGAUUUUCUUGACCUCACUGAGAUCAACUAGACAAAUGUAUAUAUGUGAGUGUGUGUGUCUUUGUAUGUGUUUGGUUGAGGCUGGUGAUUUCAAGGGCAUAUGUAGAUACUGCAGACCAAUGUUUCAUCUGGCCUGCAUCUUUAAAAGUAACUAAAAAUGUUUAUUCUUAUUCCACAUGAACCUUGUAACAAUUUUAGCUCAUCUUUGGCCAAAACUUACCUAAAGUAACACAGAAAUACUCCAUUUUUAAAUUUUCAUUUAAACCUUGGAAUUAAUAGGAAGACAAAAUGUUCUCAGAUUAUAUAACUUGGCCAGUAUGCUCCUAAGUGCGUUAUAUACAACAACCUUUUGGCAUAAAAGAGAGUGCUUGUUUGUUCAUGGGAAAAAGCUUUGAAAAGGAGAGAGUGGCUUACUUUCUUGUGGCAAUCCAUUUUCUGUACUUAAUAUCCUAUGGGUAAAAUCUUACAAAGAGCUUUUAUAAUUUGUUGAACUGUAUGAAGAUUAUGUACUGAAUAAAGCUCUUUUAAGUUACACAAAA